AUGGGGAGCUCCGGUACUCUUUGUAAAGAAGAAAGAUGGAUUGAGGACCUAUUUGAUCAGUUGAAAGGUGCAUCUGUGUUCUCGAAAAUUGAUCUAAGUGAUGCCCUUUGGCAUGACGAAUGCCCCUUAGUGUUUAUGGACUUGAUGAAUAGAGUGUUCUAUUGUUGUUUGGACAUGCUUGUCAUCGUAUUUAUUGAUGACAUAUUGAUACACUCGAGAGAUUCUCAUCAACAUGAAGAACAUCUGAGGAUAGUUUUAGAAACAUUGCGUGAGGAAAAGUUACAUGCCAAAUUCAAGAAAUGUGAGUUUUUGCUAGAUCGAGUUGGAUUUCUAGGCCAUACUGUUUUAGCAUGUGGAAUUGAAGUGGAUCAGUCCAAAGUUGAGGCUGUGACCAAUUGGCCAAAAUCUACAAAUGUUGGAAAAGUGCGGAGUUUUUUGGGUUUAGCCGAUUAUUAUCGAAGAUUUAUAGAAGGAUUUUGCAAGAUAGCAAGUCCUAUGACACAAUUGACUUGGAAGGGUACUAAGUUCGUAUGGUCAGAGAAAUGCAAGCAGAGUUUCCAAGAGUUAAAGGACAAACUCGUAUCUGCACCAAUAUUGACUAUUCCAGACGGUUCGAAAGGUUUUGUGAUUUACAAUGAUGUAUCCAAGCUUGGUUUAGUAUGCGUUUUAAUGCAACAGGGGAAAGUCAUUGCUUAUGCUUUAAGGCAAUUGAAGUAA